GGCAACCAUCUGUUUUCUCUCUGUCAUUGUCUCAGGUUAGCGUCGCUGCUUCCCACUCUGUUCAAUUUUAUCGAACACCUCGUACGACCCAUCAAAGAGCAAGCACUGAUCUUUCCGUUCCAAAAGAGAGAGAAAGAGGAUCAAGGAGUGAUUGCAAGUUGAUCUUUUGUCUAGGUUUUGAGUAAAGGUUCUGGCUUUCUAUGGAUUCACGGAAGGAGACAGUGGAGAAGAAGCAAGUGGAAGUGGUUUUGUUGAUCGCGGGAGAGGAGUCAGCGGAGGCUACAGAUUCUUCUGGGGGAGCCGCUAGAGAACCGAAGGUGGAGUCUUUUGACGAUUUCUCUAAGGAUCCGAGCGCUCGUACGCCCAAAUCCCCCCUUCGAGUUAGAAACCCUUCUUUUGAGAUCACGAAAUCUUCUCCAAGUCCCGGGAAGCCCCCUAGGCCUCCCCAAACCGAGGCCCUUAUCCGCCGUCGUUCCAUCUGCAAGCCCAAGUCACGACUCGUCGAGCAGCCUCCACCUCCUGUAUCCGGCCCAGCCGAUGCUCCCUGCCCGCUGCCCUUUGAGCGAGUGCCAGCCUCGCCGAAUCCCAAGCUCACGCCGAAGACCCCGUCGCAUGUUUGGGAUGAAGAGGAGGAAGAGGAUGAGGCAAUUUUCCAAAGACCGCAGUUUUCUGAUGGAGUGGCACCUCAAAGGAAGUGGAAAAUUAGGGUUUUGAUCGAGUGGUCGAUCCUCAUCCUCGCAAUGGGAUUCCUGGUAGCGAGCUUGACGGUUCGCAAGUUGGAAAACACUGAGAUUUACGGACUGCACAUAUGGGAAUGGUGCCUAAUGGUUAUAAUAAUCUUCUGUGGCAGGUUGAUGACAUAUUGGCUCAUGACCAUUGUCGUCUUCAUGAUCGAAAGGAACUUCCUUUUGAGAAAAAAAGUAUUGUACUUUGUGUAUGGAUUGAAAAAUAGCGUCCGGGUUUGCAUCUGGUUGGGUCUGGUUCUAAUCACUUGGAUUUUGUUAUUUAACCAUAGAAUUCCAAGAUCACCCAAGACCACAAAAGCUAAAGUCCUUAAAUACGUGACUCUUACGCUUGCUUCAUUGCUGACUGCGUCAGUGCUAUGGCUGGUGAAGACCCUUUUGGUGAAGAUCCUUGCUUCUUCCUUUCACAUGAACACUUUUUUUGAUAGAAUCCAGGAGUCCAUUUUUCACCAGUAUGUACUUCAAACGCUUUCUGGGCCACCACUAAUGGAGUUGGCAGAGAAGGUAGGGCGUGUUAAGAGUACCUCACAAUUGAGUUUUAGGAGCAGUGUAAAAGGAAAAGGAAAAGGAAAAGGCAAAGAAGGGGAGGAUCUAGGCGUGAUUGAUGUAGGAAAGCUUCAUAACAUGAGACAUGACAAAGUGUCAGCUUGGACAAUGACGGGAUUGAUCAAUGUAAUCAGUAGCUCGGGGCUUUCAACAAUUUCCAAUACUAUUGAGAAUUUUGAUGAGGAAGGAAGUGAGCUAAGAGAUCAGGAGAUAACCAAUGAAUGGGAUGCAAAAGCUGCAGCUUUUCAAAUUUUUAAAAAUGUUGCAAAGCCUGGCUACAAGUACAUCGAGGAGGAAGAUCUAUUGAGAUUUUUGAGCAAGGAGGAAGUGACUUAUGUGCUUCCAUUAUUUGAAGGAGCAGUAGAGACGCGGAAGAUUAAAAAGUCAGCAUUAAGGAACUGGGUGGUAAAGGCAUAUCUUGAUCGCAAAUCACUUGCUCUUUCUUUAAAUGACACAAAAACAGCAGUAAAACAGUUGCACAAGCUUGCAAGUGUUGUAGUCGCGAUUGUGAUCAUAAUUGUCACUCUUCUUUUGUUGGGAUUUGCAACCACAAAAGUCCUUGUGUUUAUCUCAUCUCAGCUGUUACUGGUAGUUUUUGUGUUUGGAAAUUCCUGCAAGACAGUCUUUGAAUCAAUCAUAUUUGUGUUCAUAAUGCAUCCUUUCGACGUUGGUGACCGCUGUGUUGUUGACGGCGUGCAGAUGGUUGUGGAAGAAAUGAAUAUACUGACAACUACAUUUCUGAGAUACGAUAAUGAGAAGAUAUUCUAUCCAAAUGCAGUGCUAUUGACCAAACCCAUCAGUAACUUUUACCGAAGCCCUGAUAUGAAUGACACCAUUGAGUUUGCAGUUGACGUUUCAACUUCAAUUGAAAGCAUUGGAGGGUUAAAGUUUAAACUAAAACUGUACAUUGAUAGCAAACCAAAUCAUUGGCAUCCUAAUCACAGCAUAGUGGUGAAGGACAUUGUGAACGUUAAUAAGAUGAACAUGGCUCUUAAUGUUCGCCACACGAUGAAUUUCCAAAACAUUGCGGAGAAGAACAAUCGGAGAUCUGAUCUUAUUCUUGAGCUGAAGAAAAUAUUCGAAGAAUUGGGCAUUCGAUAUCUGUUGCUGCCUCAGGAAGUUCAAGUUAGCUAUAUUGGUUCAACUUCACUGCCUGUAGCCAUUCGACAAGGCAUGUAAAAGCGAUAUACGAGAGAAUGAACUAUUUAGGAAUUAGGACUGAAAAUGGUGAAGAUACUUGCUCAGCAAAUCUGGAAGACACCUGCGUAAUCCAUUUCCUGCAUGUCUAAAGGUUCUUUGCUUGUUAGUGUGAUUGCGUUUGACUAAUUGCUGCUCGUUGGAGGUCUGGUGUUUUUUGCCUUUUGUUUUUGUUUUUUUUCUUAUUAUGGUGCUUAUUUAGGACGUUAAACACGAGGUGAGGUGAAGUGAUGUGACUAUUCUGUUGAUUUUCUAUUAAGUUGGGAAUUUCUGCAACAAUUUCAAAAA